AAAGGCCGUGCUGAACUUGGGAGGUCACCACUCAUCAGCCACCGCCGUCCAGCCAUGAAGACCAUCCUGGUGAUCGCCGCUCUGCUGGCCUGUGCCUCGGCCAAGCCGAGGUUUGACAAUGGCCUGACCUGGGGCUCCGGCUCUGACAACGGCCAGGGCUGGGGCUCCUGGUCCGGUAACGGACUGGGAUGGGGCUCCGGCUCCGACAACGGUCAGGCCAACCGAGGCCUCACGCUGAGCCAGCUGUGCCAGGCGCUGCAGCUCAUCAACAACGGCGUCCAGUGGCCGGCCUGCCAGGCGUCCUCGGGCUCUGCCGGCAUCACGGCCGCCCAGAGGGGCGCGCUGACGCAGGCGUCGCUGUCGCAGCUGUGCCAGCAGCUGCAGGCCAUCAACAACGACAUCAACUGGCCCGCCUGCCAGCUCGCCACCGCCCUCGGCAAGUAGACAAAGAAGACUCCAGUAACACCGGCCGCACGUCAUGAGAGUGGCUAGAAAGGCCACGGCGCGAGUGCGGAAAAUUCCCUGAUAACACAACACCCCUACUUUGAUUAUUUGCUUAGUUGUUUGGUAUUAUCUUUGUUUUGUGAGCAGUUACAGCACAGCGGACUCAUUUAGUGUAGUCUUUUCAAGAACCUGUUUUGUUUUUGCCUUGUUACGAGAAUUGUUACGAGGGUGUGUGAUUUGUUUAUGCAAUAUACCGUAAAAUGAUGACUGAAA